UUAACACCCUCAGGAAAGAGAGAGAGAGAGAAAGAAUGAGAGGGGUAGAGAAAGGAGGAGAGGAGUCUAGAUGUUAAUCGCGGAUCGACGAAAGUUGUUUCUCGCGCUCGCGUCGUCGUCGUCGUUGUCAUCAUCGUCCUCGUCAUCCUCAUCAUCAACGUCGUCAUCAUUGUCGAUGUCAACAAUAACGAUGAAGAUGUUCAUGAUGACGGUCCCAAGUCGAUUUUAACCUGUAUAGGUUCGGAAACGGCUAUUGUCAACGUCAACGACGACACGACGAUUACGCUCGAGGCACCCCGCGGUUCGAAAGCGUUCGCGCCAAGUAUCUGCCCCCUCUCCUCUUCCUUCCGCUCGUCGUUAAUGGAGGCGAUCUUACCUGCGAACGAUUCUCUACCUGCUGCGCGACAUAGAGCGACCGUACAUACGCGUGUCGUGCACGUAGAACUGGCACGGACUCAGGUAUCGGAUUUUUCGAUUUCUCAACUUUUUCAAUUGCCGAGAGGAAUGGGAAAGGACUGCCACGAUCCCUCUCAGAGUUCUGUGUCUAGUAGUCAUUUGCCGCGAGGAGAAAAACGUCGGCCGCCCAUAUCGGUUUCACGUGCCGAUCGUGUCGUGUUUUUCACGCGUGUCGCGAUUGUAAACACACGGAGAUGAAUCCUCGCGCGUCCACGCGAAUCGAGCAGCUCUGAGGUACGAUCGCCGUUCGUUAGCUCCGCUUCGGCGCGACGUGCGCCAUGCGUGUUGCUCGCUUGUCGCUCAGUUGUUCGCUCGCUCGCUCGUUCAUUCGUUCGUUCUUCGCUUGCUUGUUUGUUUAUUUGUUUGUUUGUUGCGCCAUUUGGCUGUCAUCGACGUCGUUGGGAGGGUGGGGUGGUCUCCCCGUUUCUCUCUCUCUGUCGUCACGCAUCUCUGUCGUUGCGUUGCGUUGCGCUGCCCCCCGCACGCGAUGAGAAUCGCGUAACUGGAACGUCGACGUCGACGUUGCCCUCCCGGCCCUCCGCGCCAGUCAAUAUUUUGCGUGGCGUCGGACCCGCUCACGUCGCGCCGGAUGCCGAUCACGCAGCUGCGCGCAUUUACGCCGAAUCUCCGCGAAAUCUGCCCUCCGCGACUGCCCUUCUGCUCCUCACUCUCGCUCCGGCACCCUCCGCGACUCCUCGUCGGAUGGAUACCAGUCCAGAGUGACCCCCCUCGCCCUCGCGAGUUCCGAUGGACGAGAGAAACAGCCUGCUGAUGUACACCGAGAUGCUCGUGAGUUCGGCCUCGACAGGUGGUACAGAGGGGUCUAGUCCUGCCUCUAGCCCAGCCUCGGGUACUAGCUUGACAAUGUCGGCGCCAAAAUUCGGCACACUGGUACCGAAUCGCAUUUUUGUAGGUGGCAUUCCGGCUAGCACUAGCGAGGCAGAACUCGGUCAGGUCUUCUCGGUCUAUGGCAACGUCAAGGAAACGAAAAUUAUUUCGGAUCGCGCCGGAGUAUCGAAAGGCUAUGGCUUCGUUACUUUCGAGACGGAAGAAGAGGCCAAACGGCCCCAACAGGAGGCCGAAUGCAUCGUCUUGAGAGAAAGGAAACUCAAUAUAGCGCCUGCGAUCAAAAAGCAACCUUUUUCGAGAUCGUUUGACGGCAGUACCGGUUCUCCUCCUUCCGUGCCUACUAGUACUUACUAUUACGCGAAUGGUAUGGGCCUCCCUUAUCAGAACGGCAUGACGUUCUACAACACGACACCCACACCAGCGACUUCCAUUGCUCCACCUACGGAUCCAGGAACACUUUAUCAAGCUGCAGGAGUGUUUGGUCCUCAACCUGCCACUGGCCAUCAAACGUUCACGCCUGUGAUGUAUCCAUGUCCGCCUCCCUCUAUUUAUGUGCCGCAGCAAUACCAGUAUUCGCCCAUACCGUACGAAUCGUACUACGCAGGACAGGCCGCCACCGGGGCACCUCAGUACGUAUACGCUACUACCGGCAGUUCACCGAGCAACGCGAGCAACGGUGGUGGCGGUAACAAUUCCGGCAGCGGCGGGAAUAACGGCACAGGAGCGACCAGCCCACCGACAGGUCCGCCACCGCCUCUACCUGCUCCGCACCCGACACAUUUUUAUGCGGCCGCACCACCUCCACAUCAUCAUCCGCCUGUACCGACUGGUCCGCCGCCACCCCCAGCGCAGAUGGACCAUAUGUACUUUUCCUUCGCAGCCGGUCCCCCGCCGCCGCUGCCACAUGCGCCUAUGGGAAUGAACGAGCAGCAGCAGCAGCAGCAAUUGUUAAUGUAUGCCACAGAUGCUACGUGCCAGCAGACCUCGACAUCUGAUGGUCAGAUUGCUCCGCAAGAGGAUUCACGUCCAGCGCCAAGCCACUCGGAGCAACCGCACGGUGAAGCGCAAGCCGCUACAGGCUCACCGGCGACACCUCUGGUGCCUCUUAUGCCCGUCAAAUAUCCCAUGUCCGGUCGUUACCAUACUAAUUAUCAUCCGGUCGCGAUGCACGCGCCGCACAACGCGCAGAACGAUAGCGAGGACUGCACCGCUGCCAGUCCACUGCAUUGUCGCACUUUCGUUUAUCAUCCGGCCAUGUACAUUCCACACGCACACGCACCGCCACAUACGUAUCACCACAACGCGUCCGGUACCGCUAGUCUCCUGCCGACACCGUUCUCGACUUCGUUGCAUCAAUCGACCUAUGAUACCAAUAGCACAAGGACGCAUACGCACAAUAAAGACAGCAGCAGCAACAAGUACACAGGCGGUCAGGGGAACAGUUACACAAGAGGUGACAGGGCUGGUCAGAAUCAUGGGCACCCAUUAACUCAUCAGGGCACACACGUUAGGUCGCAGGGCGCACCGGGCGGCUCGUCACACAGUAGCAAAUGCGGCGGAAGCGUGACAGACGGCGGGUUCCACAGACAUACAACGGUCGCGGUAUCGUCGCGACUGCCGGUGCCGCACAAUAGGAGAAUGAUCGGAGGAAACAUGGGCUCGUCGGGGUCUCUCAGAUCUGGCGGUGGUUAUGGCUCGAAUCACAAACUCGGCGGUCACGCCAUGGUGUCCAACUAUGGUAGCGGCACGCCUAAACCGGGCUACAACGUCGCGAAUAACGCGAGUCAGGGAUUCGAGAACGGCCGCGGCAAGAACGGCUGCGGCGACGAUCAGUAUUAUGAGACGAACGCAAGCAAUAGCAAACCAUCCUCCGGAGGUGGUUACGGCUCGAGUCGUAAAAACUGCCAGUCGGGCAACAGCUACAGGGGCGGCGCGGCCCGGUUGGAGACGUCUUCUGCGAACGAUAGCAGCAACGGUCGGCCUAACACUGACGUUCCUCGCACUGACAGCACCGUCGUUCUUGUUGUCACACUAACAACCGCGACUACGGCGACAACGACGACGACGACGUUGUCCUCGCGUUUAUCUCCAGCCGGUGCGAGCGCGGAUGCGCCGUCGAACGUUCAGGAGAAACCAGCGAGCCCACCGCCAGCCCCCUAUUCGCCCAUGACACAACCCCUUCCAACUCUCUCACCACCCACCCCGCAGGUCCAAUUUUACACCCCGAUCCAGAACCGUUAUCAGCAAUCCUCCAUGCCCCCGUCCCAAAUGCACCAGCAACAGUCAGUCAAUCAACGCAGUCGGUACUCCGUCGGCCAGUCGUUGUCAUCCGCCAAUCGGAGGCCGUCCGAUAAGUACACCAACAGCGGCUCGCAAACUACGAUGCUGCGGCAGCCCAAGUUCAAGGUGAACGGCAUAAUGCAGACCGCUGCGACCACGACGGUGACGGGCAAGCUCGACGACAGUCUGGGAGGCGCUGGCGACGGUCCGGGUAGGCUACCGAUAACACCACCCGGUACACCGCGGGCGACUGGACACCCGGCGGCUGGCGAUCAGAACUUGAGCGAUACGUGCCAUCAAAUGCAGGCGCUCAGCUUGUAGAAGGUUACCAUCGGCCUCUUUCUGUACGUUUCUUUUCAUUUUCGUUGUCCUCUUACCGGGAGUGUAUCGCGCGUGUCCUCUAAAGGAUACCGUAGAACAGAAAGAGGAACCUUAAAAACGAUGGCUGCGAAAUACGAAAAUGGCUCAGAUUUAACUCGACAAUGCCCGUGCAUAGACAGACACACACGCAAACGCGCGCGCGCGCGCGCGCGCGUGUGUGUGUGUGUGUGUGUGUAUUGUUUAAUUUCGUUUCAUCAUUUUCAUAAGCGUAUUGCCCGCUUAAUUCCGUGCCGUUUUCGCAGUUUAUAUGUAAAUGUAUAAAUACACAAGAUUAUAACGCUAUGGUAUAAUUUCCCCGGUGAUCUCAGACUCGACACGCUAGAGAACAAAAGCCAGACACACGACUACGAGUAAUUUUUCCCAGUUCGAUUAUAGUGGCUCGCAGACUCGUUGAUUCCCGACGAGCAACUCUCCUGCAUAUGUGCGACCCGCACGAGCACGUACAGUCGAGAAUGUUCAGAGACACAGUAGGAUAUUGUUUGUUGUUACGUAGUAAGAGAGAGAUGGGCGGAUGUACCUAAAGUGAAGCUGAUCUUGAACAAUAUUCAACACAAGAGAGAUGUGUGGAAAGACAACUUUACGGAAAAGACAACUUCUAUCUUAAAAAAAGAAAUAUAUAUAUACAUAUAUAUACACACACACAUCCAGACAUACAUAGGUACGAUACAUCGUUUACAUAUACAUAUGUAUAUGUAUAUAUAUUAUAUAUAUAUAUCUACGUUAUAUUAUUAAUACACAUACCAUUAUAUACAGUAACCGAUGUUAUUAUGCGUGAUAGGCUCGACAAACCAUGAAUCUCGCGCGAGCAAGGCUAGAUUAGUUAGCAAAGUAGAACCGAGGAAAAAUAUAAGAAAAAGAAGAUAAAUAACAUUCUUAACGUACAAAGACGAGCGAUUUGUCAUGUGUUCAAAAAGACGAAAAAAAAAUAAUAAGAGAAAUAAAAGGCAGAUGGGUAACAGGGAGGCGAGAUAGACGGUUGAUUUCAUAAACGGUUGCUCAAGGCACUGCCACAUCUACACUUCUUAUUUUCCUACCCCGGAGAGACGGGAGGUGACAUCCGUACUUAUUUUUCUCUCUUGUUUUUCUCUAGAGUAACCGUCAUUAUCUGUUUUUGUCGCGCGUUUUCUAGAUCGGAUAGAGCGGAUUGUGUAACAAUACGAUUCGUUGUUCCCUUUGUUUGUCGGGAAAUUUUCGCGCUAAAAACAUUGUGCGUCUUAUAGCUGUUGAAUAUUGAGGAAAAACAAAACCCAAGAUCCACGACGAUGAAAGAUGAUGCGCCCCGUACCCAAGCGAAAAUAAGGUAUUAAAAGAGAUAAGAUAUUAAAAGAGGAGAAAAAUAAUAAUAAUGAAUUAAAAAAAAAUGUGUCGGCUGUGAGCUUCCGAGCAAAUAACAAUAAUUAAAUUAUUGUAAUAUUAAAAGUUAAAGAAUAUUCUUACCUGAUUGUUAUCGAAGGUGGGUUUCUUUUACCCGUAAAUGUGAAGCAAAUUUGUUAUCUCGUAUCUCGCACACCGUAGCUAUGAUUGUCCGUUUAAGAGAGACACAGAGAGAGAAAGGGAGAAAGAAAGAAAGAUAGAGAUAGGAUAAACAAGAUGAGUGUGUUGCGUGUCGUCGUGUGAGCAUCGUGUCGCGAUGGUUUCGGCGACGUGUCCGAUAGACGAAAUGGCCGAUAGGGACGCAAUGCGGCAUAGACAAGGCCUAGCGAGAAGGCGCGUAGAGGGAAAUCCAAGCGAAUAUAGUUAACACGAAGAAAUUAAUUUAUUGGAAAAGCAAGAGUGCCUUCUAUUUGUUUUCGUGAUUGUAUUGUUGAACAUUUGUUGUGUUAUGUUCUCCGAGAGCCUCUAAUGUUGUUAUAAGAAACAAAGAGAUGUUUGAAGAAUGUUGUUCCUCUAUUUAUUUAUUGAUUUAGGGCGUGCGUGAUGCUAAACAUGCCCAACUAUACCCAGCGAAUUCGGAAGUGUGAGAAUAUACUGCUGUAAAGAGGUCUGGAGGACAGUAAUCUGCGUGUUUGCGUGUGUUGUGUGAGAGAGAGAGAAAGAGAAAAGGGGAGAAAGAAAGCGAGCGCAGAGACACGAAAAGAAAACGAAAACGCCGCAUGAUUAUCGAUGUUAUCAUGCCGACGAGGAAGGUAUCAUUAGAAGGAAGGAAGGGUAGGACUGGGAAAGCAGUGAGAGUGCAUGUGAAGCGAGCGAAUGGAUAUUAUAAGUAGAAAUAAAAAAAGAAAUGAAAAAAAGAGAGCGGCUUAUUUCGACAGCUAAUUCUACGUGUAGAUAGGAUGCGAAAAGAGAAGAAGACGUGUCCCUGUAUGCACAUGCAUAUAUCCAUCGUGUGCAUGCAUACAUUCGCGCUGCGAUAUAGACGCACAUAUGUAUAUAUACGUAUAUAUAUACGUGUGUGCAUACCCGUGUUGAUGUACAUAUAUGCAUGUGCAUACGUACCGAGUGACAUUACAAUACAUACCGAAGAUAUCCAAGAUGCAAGUGCGAAGAGAGAUAUGCGUUUACUUAGUCCAUGUGUGUGUACUUGUGCUUAUGCGCGAAUCUGGGUAGGUGGCUGUGAUUACUUGCGUGCGAGUACAGAUGUAUAUGUAAGCAUACGUGUGGCCCGUGUAUCUUACUCGUUAUACAGGCACACGCAUAUUUCAUAUAUACACACAUAUAUGCAUAUAUAUAUAUAACUAUAUACGUAUGAUAUGCAGUAUAUAGUAUAUAUAUGUGUAUAUAUAUAACAUACUCUCUAUACUCUCUAAUUAUACGUGUAUCUAUACGAAAAAGGAAAGGCGAGAGAGGUAUAGCAAAGUGCAAUUCUAUGUUGACUUUGGUACAACAAAGCUAAGUGAAAGAACUCGAAAGCGAAUUGUUAGAUUAAACGAGCGCUAAACAAUCGUGUACUAAAUUUAACGUAGAAUGGUGCUAAAAACGCAGUCGAGAGUAUAAAAAAAGAUAUAAAAGAAUAUAUAUAUAUAUAUAUAUAAAUAUAUAUUACACACAAAAUAUAAUUAUAGUUUUAAUCUCCGAGGAGAGAGAAAGAGAGAGAGAGAGAAAAGAGAGAAAAGAAUCUAAGAUAUACAUCUGAGCUAUGUGUAGCAGAAGUAAUAGAAUCUACGAAUGUAUUAUACGCAGCAAAGAUGCAUUUCGGAUCGUGGAAUGUCCUAAUUUUCGUCGCGUUCGCGCGAUCCUUGCGGAAAGAGGCAUACGUUGAGAGGAACAUAGACUUUCCAUGGCAAUCUGUAUCGAAUAUUCGAAAACGUUAUUGUCUUUCGGAAGAUUAUACGGGUUACCUCACGAGAAAUACCGGCUAUAUAUAUAUAUAUAUAAAAUAUAUAUCUACGUUAUAUUAAUAUAUUAUAAUUACAAAAUAUAUCCGUUGUUAUGAUAAGUUCGACAAGCUAUGAAUCUCGCGAGCAACGCUAAGACUAGUUAGUAAAGUAACGGGAGAAGGAAAAGAAGAAGGAAAAUAAAAUAACAUUGUUAAUGUACAAAAAUGAGCGACUUGUCACGUGUUCCAAAAAAAAAAAGAAGAAAAAAUGUGGCAAAUAAAAGCGGAAGGAAAGAAAGAGGCGAGGCACACGGUCGAAUUUCAUAAACGAAUAUUUCCGCAAGUUGAAGAUGAAAUGAUUGCACAUUGCAUACAUCGGAUAAUCAGUAAUGAGAAGAUAUUGCGUUUGUUGCACGUCCGCGGACGAUAUGAUUACGGAAUAUACCUGUUUCGUUUAUUUGUGAUCUUUUCUGUUUCUCUGAGAUUGGCGCUAUUCUCUUAUCUUUAUACCGAUGUACCAUUGUACAAUUCCAUGAUGGAUACAUACAUUUAUGUAUCCAUCAUGGAAUUGUAUUGAAAUACUACGUAGAUGAGUGUAGAACCGAACAGUCAUAUUUCCCCGGGGAGAAACGCAAGUGGGUGCAUUCCACGAUCCACGAAGCGUGCCCAUGAAACAAAUUUACGCAUUAAUGAACAUAAAAUUAUACACAAAAUAGCAUACAAGCUAUAUAUCACAAAGGUUAUAUAAGAUUUAAAUAUUCUAUGGUAAUAAAAGAGGAAA